GCUGCUGCCCUUUGCUAAGCUGAUGAUGGACUGAAGCAAUCUGAAGCUCUAGUGAGAAAUUCUGCACUGGAUCUCACACCAUUCCAAAGAAUCUAACAACCUGCUUCACACACACACAAAGGUAAAGUGGCUGACUUCAAUUCAGAGGACAGCUCUUCUUUCUUGGUUUUUGCUUAGAUUUUGUUCACCUGAAUAAUCAGCCCAUUCAGAAGGGGAUCUUUUGUCCCUCCGAGGAAACCAAGAGCACCAAAAGUGUGGAGUCCUUCAAUGCAUGGAAUGACUCGGAAGCCAGUUCCUAUACACUGAUGGAUCUGCCUCAUAGAGCCCCAACAGGCGGAAAUCCCCAUAAUUUCUGUAAUAAUCUGUAAGUGCAGUGGAGUGCUUAUGUAAAUGUUAAGAGAGUUGCUAUGUGCAGUUACCCAAGAAAGUUGUCUGGAAGGUUUUCUCAGACGAUGACAUUGCAAGAUGUUCCUCGUGCCUUUCCCACAGUGGAUGUCCCAGAUCAUGCCCAUUAUACGAUUGGAGCUGUCAUUCUUAUAGUGGGGAUUACAGGAACUCUGGGUAAUUUCAUGGUCCUCUAUGCUUUCUGCAGGAGCAGGAGCCUUCAGACUCCAGCCAACAUACUCAUCAUCAAUCUAGCUAUUAGUGACUUCCUGAUGUCCAUUACACAGUCUCCAGUUUUUUUCACCAGCAGCCUCUACAAACACUGGAUUUUUGGUGAGAAAGGCUGUGAGCUGUAUGCCUUCUGCGGAGCUCUAUUUGGCAUUACAUCUAUGAUCACUUUGAUGGUGAUUGCCUUGGACAGAUAUUUUGUCAUCACUAAACCUCUGGCUUCUGUUGGAGUGACGUCAAAGAAGAAGGCCCUAAUAAUCCUGGUAGGAGUCUGGCUGUACUCUUUGGCUUGGAGUCUCCCACCCUUCUUUGGAUGGAGUGCAUAUGUUCCUGAGGGUUUGCUGACUUCCUGUUCCUGGGACUACAUGACUUUCACACCAUCAGUCCGUGCCUAUACAAUGCUACUUUUCUGCUUUGUCUUUUUCAUUCCUUUGAUUGCUAUCAUAUACAGCUAUGUCUCUAUCUUUGAGGCUAUCAAGAAGGCCAACAAGUCUAUUCAGACAUUUGGAGGCAAACAUGGAAAUAAAGAAUUCCAGAAACAGUAUCAGAGGAUGAAAAAUGAGUGGAAGAUGGCCAAAAUUGCACUGAUUGUCAUCUUGUUUUUUGUCAUUUCCUGGUCACCAUACUCUGUUGUUGCUCUGGUAGCUUUUGCUGGGUAUUCCCAUGUCCUAACACCUUUCAUGAACUCCAUACCAGCUGUGAUUGCCAAAGCUUCUGUCAUCCAUAACCCCAUCAUUUAUGCCAUCACUCACCCCAAAUAUAGAAGAGCCAUUGCAACACAUGUUCCUUGCCUAGGACCCCUACUGAGAGUUUCUCCUAAAGACUCAUGGUCCUUCAGCAGUUACCACUCCUCCAGACGAACGACCGUAACCAGCCAGUCUUCUGCGAUAAAUGGGCUGCAGAAAGGAAGAAGGAGACUGUCUUCUCUCUCUGACAGUGAAUCAGGCUGUACUGAAACAGAAACUGAUACUCCCAGUAUGUUCUCCAGACUUGCCAGAAGACAAAUUUCCUAUGAAACGGAUAAAGACACAAUUCAGACUAGUGAAAUAAGAGCCAAACUGACAAGCCAGGAUUCUGGAAACUGUGGGAAGACAGCUGUAGAUGCUGAUGACAUAUUGAUGGUGGAAUUGAAUAUCACAGAGUGCAUGGCUACACCUACUCAAACAUCUAAAACAUGCAGCUUGGAGGAAAUCAAGAGAAGUGAGAGCCUGAACAGUAUUGGACAAAGAAAAGGAGAGUCUCACCAGGGAUCAUCUUCAGCCCAGAUACCCAGUAUUACAGUAACAUACAGCAGCGUCCAAGGAGUAGAGCUGCCUUCUAGAUACAACUCUGGUUUCCUGCACCCUAAAUCCAGCAGUCAUAAGCAGAACAAGAAGUUCAGCAGUUGAGUGGUACAAGCCAGAAUAUCACCAUAGCCAACAGCUCUGGAACAGCUGUGGACUGGCUGAAUCCAGAGUACCUUCCUAGAUUGGUCUGAAAUGCUCCUAUAAAGACACAGCACAAGACAAGCAAGGAUAAAAACAUGAGGAGUGAUCUUCUUAGCAUCAGAACUCUCUCCAAGGAAUCACAUCUUGAUCUGAGUCACACUGUAAUUUUAGUAUUUCUUCUUUAUGCAGCUCAUGAAGAAAUUGCUUUCAUUUGGAUUUUACUCUGCUCAUGUACAUUGCCCCCACUGUAGACCUUACCAAGAAGCCUUCUAGGAUUAACCUGAGACAGAAUGGAAGUGUGAUAUUCAAAACUGGCUUUGUUCACUUAGUGUAUUAACUUCAAAGCUAUUACAAAGCUAAAGCUGAGAAAUUUGGGGGGAGAUGUACAUUACUUCCUGAAGACCGUUUCUUCAUUAUUGUGACGUUUCUCAACCAAACAUAAACUUAAUUACACACAGUCAGUGCUCCCUUCUCUUAUUAAUGACAAGUUUCCCCCCAUUUUCUUCUACAAUCCAAUGAAAGACAAUGCACUUUAGCAGUAAUUUGAAGUCUCAUAUCUUUAUUUCAAUUCCUGAGACAGGGAAAGGAGUAACACUUGAGGAAAAGGCUAUGGUCCUUUCCAUACUUAGCUUCUUUUCCAGCAGUGGCUUAAGAGAUUAUUUUAACCCAUUCUCAGCUAACUUCCCCAGAGCUAUAGAAGAUUAUUGGGAAACUCCUUCUGACUUUCCUUUAGCGGGUUUCAUGAGAAAAAUGCAGAAUACAAAUCAAUGUUUGUACUGAAAGGUCUUAUGGUAAGUCAAUACAUGUACUUCCUGAUACUUCAAAGUUGUUUACCCUUUGAAGUGCUUUUCGAAAGUAAAUAUUGGGAGGAGAAGGUUUAGUUCCGCAAAAAUAGUUGUUCUAGAAAUGUAUGGAAUCUACAUCACCCUCACUUUGGUAUUUUCAUUUUUCCCUUCUCUAAACAGCAGCAUUUGUAUAGCUGAGGGCUUUCUUCCACAGUGACUAAAUCCAUGAGAUUGUACUUCUUUCCCCUGAAAGGAAAGGGAAAGAGUUCUAUCAAUAGUGACUUUCAGCUUUUCCCUGGUGUCUCUUCUAGUGUAUAAGAAGAAGUGAACAAAAUUAAUUUGCAAUUCGUAGCAGUCAUUCCAAAGUUGGGCUGAGCCCAAAAGUACAGGGCACAAAGCACUAUUGAAACAGUUCUUCCCUAUAGGCCCUCUAGCAGUUCUCUCUUUGGUUGCAAUAAUGGAGGGAACUCAGCAAGGCAUUUUGUCCUACAUAAAUCAAUUUUUUCCUAUGUCACGUCACAAAAAGCUAUAAAAUCAAUAAAAAUGUAAUGAGCUUAUUAUUUUGAGGGGAAAAAUCAGUAGGUUCCAGAAGGUCUGGGACAUUUUUUUGAAGUAAACUACUGGAAACUUAGGUCAAACUGAGGUUUAUUAAAAGAAGGUUAUUAAAACUAGAAAUUAAGGUGAUAAUGACUUCUGCAGCAGACAAAUGUUAGAUCGUGAAAAAAAGUGAGGCAUUCAGGCUGAUAAUAAACUGUCAAAAGAAACACACUGUUCAAAAUCCACAGUGUUUUUAUGUAAAUGAAAUCACAGGCAUCAGAGAUGGAAAGGAGCUGUUACAAUCUCUCCCUUCACAUACCACAACAGGAUAUUGUCUCCCAGCAGAGGACAAUAUUAAACUGAUAAAAUAUACAGCUAGCAAUAAGGAGAAGAAGAGAGAAAACAGGAAGCAUGUUCAAAGAUAUUCAUCAAGUCUAAGGAGUUCUAUUACGACUUUUUGCUGACGCUUUUAAAAAUAUUUAAGAGCAUGAAACAUAUAAUACUUUCUUUGUCAUGAAGACCAUUGACACUACUAAAACAUGGGAAGAAACAUUAGCAAAUGCUGCCUUUUUCAUAUGGGUCACAAAAGGCUGAAUCUGUCAAGAAAACAGGUCUAACUCACACAUGCUGAUUGAUGUGUUAACAAGGAGUGUAUGAUAUGUGUCACUAAUAGCGAGAUCCUUUGCUCCAGUCAUGAUUUUGUUCCAAACAGUAUUCUUCAAGACUGCACUCUGUACUCUUCUGCAUUCCCUUCCACUUUUAGAGGGUAUCAAAAGAAUACUUCCAUGGCUAGAAGAGCUUUACGAAACCACAGCAUGUUGUUCUCUGUAUCCUUCGACUCCAACAUGUAUUAGAGAUUAGUUCGUAUCUAUAAAAAGAACUACAGCUGUUCAUGCUCAUCUACUUACAAGAGACUUGCAAAGCAUAUAUUAAUUAGGGAGAAUUUGUAUGUGAGCACUUCAAAACCCUUGUGUGUACUCUCUGUGUAGCUAACUGCUUUGCCUUCCUUCACCUCUGCUGUGUCUAUAAAAAUCAUACAAAGGAAAGCCUACAAAAUUCAUCUCAUCUGAAUAGCUCUACAAGUGGUUCCACACUGUAACCCCUGUGGCAUUUGGAAUAAAUCAUUAUUAGUUCAUA